CUACUAAAACGUCAGCCAUUAAACUGGCUAUUUAUGCUCACAAAUGCUGGCGAAUCACGCCUGAAUUCGAUCAGAGACAAAAGUUGGAGGAUUGUCCUACUUGGACUUGGACUAGGACUGCUCUUCUCUUCUCUUCUCUUCUUCCCUACCCAUCCAGCCGUCUUUCAGGGUUUUUGCCGGUGGAUAAUCUUAGUACUCUCUAUAAUUAUCCCCACCCAAACCCCAUUUCGUGAUUCCUGCCUUCUCGGGAUUUAUCUCAUUCAUCAUUCAUGCCUGUUCGCAGCGAUUUCCAGUCGGAUAUUUAAGCUCGCUUUUGCACUUCUUUUUUGGAAUUCGGUUACUGGAAAGGGUAUUAAAGCUGCUUGAAUUUAUCCCUUCUUUAUGUUCCCUUCUUGCUCUUUUUCUGCUCCGUCUGUAAAUGUUUGCUGUACUGCGGAUAUUUUGGUAUGCGGUGAAGUUUUGAUCUUCAGAGGCGCAAGGAUUCAGUUUUAAAGCGGUUCGAUUUGCCUUGGAGCCCCUGAUUCUAUAUCUGAGUUUUGUGCGGCUGCCGCUGCAGGGGAUACGGUCCAUUACGUAGCUCUUGUAAAAUUAGGAGGUGUUUCAUUCUGGAGCUCAGCUUUUAAGGAAGAUCAAAGCUAAUUGCUCUGAGAUUUUGCGGAUUGUUGCCGUGAGAAUUUGCUGUUGUUGAGGCGAACAGCAGGUUAUGCCUAGCGAAACCACACAGACAAGUCUCAGCCUGGCAUUUGCAUUUCUACCUAUUAGAUCCCUAAAGCAUCCUACAACUACCUUUGAAAUGGUCGAGUUGAAUGCAAGGCAGGAAACAAGCAUGAGUCUUCCAAGAAAACAGGCGCGGCAGACCUCUAAGGCAGAUGCAGGAAUUUUGGAUGAAAAAAUUCUACUGCUAGUAUUCAAAUCCACAAACUGGAAUCCCUUCCUUCUAUGUCGCGCUGCCUGUGUCUGUAAAAAAUGGUCGGCAAUUGCCAAGAGAUUGCUGUGGAAAGAAUUCUGCUUUUCGCGGGCCCCCAAAAUGGUGUCCGAUCUAGUUGCAGGGUGCAGGUGCAAGAACGGGUCCGAUCGCCUAGAGGGCGGCUGGCACACUCUGGCCCGCCUCAUGUUUUUCUGCGGGGGUUGCCAGGCAACCACCAAUUUCAGAAUCAAAGCUACAUCGCCGGGCCAUUUCAUCAGAACUUCCAGAUUUUCCAAAACAUCCGGCAGAAGCUUCCUGCCGCCUGUUUGCAGAGGGGACACCCUCUACGUCACAGAUCCUUGUGAGCAUGUUAUAGGCCAAUCUGAGGAAGAUGUGGGUAUUUUCCGAGGUAUGUUUAAAGGCUUUUCCAGUUGUAGGACAAGGAGAUGCUUGCUCCAGAGGCAGGUACCGCUUGAACAAAAUAAACUUUGUCCUUAUUGCAGGGCAGGAGUUUGGAGUAUGAUAGCUGCCCGGAUGGUUCCUAACAGUGCCUUCAGGAGGUUGGCUGCCUACGAUGGCAAUCUGGAGUAUUUCAUCUGUGUCAAUGGUCACAUGCACGGCAAAUGCUCCCUCCUCCCACUCUCUGACUCCGAUGAUUGCUCUCACCUUUCUAAUUCUGAGGAUGAGGAGCAAGAAUAAAGAUGCUUCUUCUUUUUUUUGGUAAUGAUGAGCUUGAGUCAGAUAAAACAUUUGGAAUCUGGAGUGAACUAUACUAAUGGAGAGAUUCAAAAAUUACAGUGAAGUUUGCUCCGUCUCUCUCAUAUACCACAUUAGUUCUCAUUUUCUGGGAGUGGACGGUAACUUCGCCUCCGAAUGAGAUGUACAGUAUCGAUAUUUAGUAUAAUCUAAUAAACUCUGUUUUUCUUUCUC